AUGUGGUUCCAGUUCGCCCCAGAUGUGCAAAAUAGGUCGCAGCUCUUCUACGGGUUCCCGACCGUCCCUUGGGGGCCGCCUGAUCUCGUGCGGAUCGCGGUAGACGCUGCCACGAACCGCAUCAAAGAUCCCGAUGAGCGACAGGUCGACGUUAUUAGCGCCGAAGAUAUCACCGACACUCAGGACUUUGUCGAAAACCACGUGCGUGGUGUUGAUGCUGGUGCUCCCGCCCAGAGUCUGAGCUGUCUACAGACAAACGUCUUUGAUAAUAUGUUUGUCCUCGAUUUCGUUCCCGAGAUCUUUCUCAGCGGCGGGCCCAAAGAUAGCAUCGUCGUCUAUACUGCUGGUUGGGCUAUGAAAUUUGUCCCGCUGCUUGGCCGUGCUCUCGCCGAGAUGGCGAUUGAGGGCAGGUCCGAGUUUGCGCGUCCCGAGUUCUUUAUCAACCGGACCGACUCUUCUGGCCAGGGCAUCAUUGUCGAAACUGAAUUCUUGAUUCAGACUAGAAACCUCAACUUGAUAGGACAAGGUUCGGCUAGGCCAUACUCUGCGCUCUCGCAGAGCCUCUCCCACGGACCGCAAGACCGCCACCACCACCAAACCCCUCCCCUCCACUUCCACCGCCCACACCGCCCCUCCGCCCUCGAAACCACCCUCACCUACCACGACCUCGACCUCCUCUCCAACCGCCUCGCCGCCGGCCUCCGCGCCUUCGGCGUCCGCAAAGGCGACCGCGUCGCCGUCAAGCUCGGCAACUGCGCCGAAUUCGCCGCCUUAACCUACGCCGCCUUCAAGCUCGGCGCCAUCCUCGUACCCCUCAACCCGGGCUUCAACGCCAAGCAGGUCGCCGCCGCCCUCUCCCACCUCCAGGUCGAGCUCCUCGUCGUCGCCGCCGUCACCGACCUCGCCUACAAACCCUGCCGCGGCCGCAGCAACGAGGCCCUCCUGCGCGCCAUCCUCCCGGACCUCGAGUCCCCGCGUGUCCAGUCGCCCCUCGUCCCCUCCCUCAAGACCGUCAUCACCCUCGACAACCUCGCCGCGCACCCGAGCACGCCCUUUACCCCGCUAGACAAAUGCCGCGCCCUCACCCCUUUUGACCACCUCCUCGAGGCUGGCGGCUCCUCCGGCCGCCCCAUCGUCCCCGACGCGCCCCUCCUCCCCUCCGACACCAUCAACAUCCAAUUCACCUCCGGCACCACCUCCACCCCCAAAGCCGCCAUGCUCACUCACACCUCCAUCCUCAACAACGGCGCCCUCAUCGCCCACCGCAUGGGCCUCGUCCCCGACGACCGCAUCGUCGUGCCCCCGCCCCUCUUCCACUGCUUCGGCUGCGUCCUCGGCUACAUGGCCACCGCCACCACCGGCGCCGCCAUUCUCUUCCCCUCCCCGGCCUUUGACCCCGAAGCCAACCUCCGCAUGAUGGCCGACCACGACGCCACCGGCCUCUACGGCGUCGCCACCAUGUUCCUCGCCGUCCUCGACACCCUCGCCUCCGGCUCCGUCAUCUCCCGCGACCAAGUGCCCCGCAACCUGCGUAAAGGCAUCGCCGCCGGCAGCUCCGUCCCCGAAUCCCUCAUGCGCCGCCUCUACGCCGAGCUCGGCCUCGAGGACCUCGUCAUUUGCUACGGCAUGACCGAGACCAGCCCCGUCAGCUGCAUGACUAGCCCCCACGACCCCUUCGAGAAGCGCACCUCCUCCGUCGGUAAGGUCAUGCCCCACACUGCCGUCAAGAUCGUCGACCCCGCCGACCGCUCCCGCGUCCUACCCCUCGGCGAGCGCGGCGAGCUCGCCGCUUCGGGCUACCUCGUCAUGCGCGGCUACUGGGGUGACGAGGCCAAGACUGCCGAGGUCAUGACGACCGAGUCCGACGGCCGCACUUGGAUGUACUCGGGCGACGAGGCCAGCAUGGACGCCGACGGCUACGUCGAAAUCACCGGCCGCAUCAAGGAUCUCAUCAUCCGCGGCGCCGUCUCCGUCGUUGGCGUGCCCGACGAAAAGUACGGCGAGUCUGUCGGCGCCUUUGUCAUCCCGGCAAAGGGCGUUCGGGUGAGUGACGGAACCGGCACCGAGCCCGCCGCGGGAUCCGAGGGCAACGAUAGGGUGCUCACGCCGGACUCGGUGCGUGACUGGGUCCGGGAACACCUAUCUAGUCAUCUCGUGCCCAAACACGUGUUCUGGGUGGAGGAUUACCCCAAGACGGCCAGUGGCAAGAUUCAGAAGUUUAAGCUACGCACACUAGCCAAGGACAUGAUAUCGGGCGAAGCAACCCCGCCCAGGUCAUAA